GAGUUUGAUUGAAAUCUUGAACUCUAAACAUCCAUCAUCUACAUACGCCGCAAGUUCGCCCAUCGCUGUCGACAACCCCAAUAAAAAUGGAUUCAUCAAAAGCUCCCGUCAAACUUGCUAAAGUCAUCAAGGUUCUUGGACGCACCGGCUCCCGUGGUGGAGUCACGCAAGUCCGUGUCGAAUUCAUGGAUGACACUACACGAACAAUUAUCCGUAACGUCAAGGGUCCUGUGCGGGAGGAGGAUAUCCUUGCACUUCUUGAGAGUGAGCGUGAAGCUCGAUCUCCCACUUUUGCAAUGAUCCAGUCUUAUAUGUUCCACAUGCUCAAUGAGCUUGACAACUUACUAUAUGGCGGUGCCCGAGUGUAGUCAGCCAAUGAAAAUCAUUUAUCGUUCAUCCCACUAUCUUGGCUACCGCGCGGGAAUUUCUCAGCGGCGAUUUACACGCCAGCAGCCACCGGCU